GGCGACGCGCAGCAAGCUCAUGCAGUACCUCGUGCUCACGUACCUCGUUCACCGCGAGCGCACGAACGCCGAGGUCCGCGCGCUGCACAAGCACAAGUGGGCUAGCCACUGCUGGCUCCUCAACGUUAGCUUUCGUGCGCUCUACGAGCUGCGUGGUUUGCGCGCGUAG